CGAGUGGACGACGGGGAAGGAAGGCCCACGCAGAGGCGCAAGUAAACAAUAAUUAGAGUGAAAAUCAUCAACUCCAAAAGGCGGCCGCAGUGAAUCGCGAAACACUUUCGCUCGUCCGCGGCCGAAAGGAAAGCGACCGACUCCGGAUUGUUGCUGUGUGCUGCGUGUCUGUUUGUGUGCGAAGAAAAGUGCACGUGUGAAGUGAUGGAAUCCAUUGUAAGGAUUCCGCUGGGCAAAGCAAAGAUGGCCCCAGGAGACCUGGUCCGCAGGUGAAGCGCUUCCGGUUGUGUCAAGAGUGAGAAAGAGUGAGAGAGCGUGAGAAAAGACACAGAAUCCUGUCGGAGCCUGCUGCGUGUUGAUUGGAAGCGUUGAGUGUUUACACAACUGUCAUCCAGCCCAGCUCCAGUUCCGCUCUCGUGUCCUGGUGGUGGCCAUCAUGGGGCUGCUGUUUGCGAAAAUUUGGAGCCUCUUCGGCAACGAAGAACACAAACUCGUCAUGGUGGGACUGGACAACGCCGGCAAGACGACCAUUCUGUACCAGUUUCUGAUGAACGAAGUGGUUCACACGAGCCCAACGAUCGGAUCGAACGUGGAAGAGAUCGUGUGGAAGAAUAUUCACUUUCUGGUGUGGGACCUCGGCGGGCAGCAGAGCUUACGGGCCGCGUGGAGCACCUACUACACAAACACAGAGUUCAUCAUCAUGGUUAUAGACUCGACCGAUCGCGAGCGGUUAGCGGUGACACGUGAGGAAUUGUACAAAAUGUUGCAGCAUGAAGACUUAACGAAGGCCAGUUUGCUGGUGUACGCGAACAAGCAGGAUCUAAAAGACUCGAUGAGUGCGGCUGAAAUUUCCAAACAAUUAGACCUGACCUCCAUCAAGAAGCACCAGUGGCAUAUACAGUCCUGCUGCGCACUGACCGGCGAAGGGCUGUACCAAGGGCUGGAGUGGAUAGCUCAGCGGAUCAAGAAGAAAUGACACCGGCAGGAGUAAACCUAUUCGUGUAACCCCGUUUAACCGGGCGAAUCCUUCCCUUCCCUUUCGACGACGAGGCGCCCGAAAGCACUGAGAAACGGAUUCGGCCACCUAACACACUCACCCAUUACUCAAGCAAGCUCCUUUCUUCCCCCCUAAUUACGAGAACGCAUUCGAGCCAAACGUACGGGUGGAUGCGCUGACCCAGACCGACGGUGUUUACUAUGGACGGGCGGAGUAAGAGAGUUGCCAAAGCAGAGGGCACGCGAGCGUUGGUCAGCACAGGUACAGGAAGUAAGAUAGUGCGUUUAAUUAAACUCAAACUCUAGGAUAAGCAGGGGAACACAGUCAUCCGAACCGAAGCCGAACUGAAAUUAAGGUCUUUUGGGAAUGUCUGGCGUUUGCCGAGGAGGGGCGAGUAAACGAGUCAGGUGUAUGAAUGGUACUGUUGUAUGAAUGAGGUAGAUUAAACGUAAUCGUUAUUAAACAACUCCUCCACGUCAAAACACUGUACAGACACGAGGCCGGAAGACGCAGAUUGUUGACGCCGACGACGCUUUUUACGGUUAACUCAAUCGCAAACCAAACCCCGUGCCGUGCGCCCAAGCGGCUCAAGUGUUCCUCCAAAUACGUCCCGUGCAGGAAGUGGGCAAGAAGCAGUAACAAGCCCAUGAGAAAGAUGGUGCAAAUCGCAUACAUUUGUGAGGUUCCAAAUCAGAUCUGCAAACGGGACGUUUAAACGCCAUGCGGGUGAUGACGCGCAUUACGGGAACUGGGGACCGAUCUUGCUGGAUGCAGUUUGCAUUUUUCUCCUGUUUUUUAGCAAUCAGCAGAAGACCAGCUCUUUAAAUCAAACACAACUAAACAUCUAAACGCUAUGUUAUAGAUUAAUUUUUAUGUUAAACUCUUCGUUUAUUAACCGGAUAGAAGAGAGGGGCGCAACUGGGCAAGGAACUGACGCUGGGCACAGGAUACUAUAUACUGUAAAUUGUGUGUUUAUGUCUGGCGGGAGUUGAAGAAAAAUGUUCGAAGAAUGAUGAACCUAUUCGUCUUGUGAAUGUUGCGAUGUUAGGAGCGAUAGGUGACCAUGGACGGAAUGGUUGAGUUAAGGCAGAAAGACAAUGUAAAGAAAUGAAUGAACGAACGUGACAGAAGGUAUACUUACGACAAUGUUAGUUAAAUAAAAUGAAA